GUUGUUGUUUUGCUAAGAUCUGGGCUGAGAAGUGAUCGUCGCUGACCAGAAUUCUCCAGAGCCGGGCUAUUUGUCUGGCUUCCUCCAGGAGGUCUGGUUGCAUAUAAAGGGAAGCGAGAAAAAUAAGUCAUCAACCUGUACUUUUGACGUCCCUACACCUGGAAACCUAGAUUGCUUAGUACAGUUCCCUCCUCGAGAGCUCUUUCUCCAGAUCCUUGGACGAGCGAGAACAGCGUUGCUAUUUCUCUGCCUAGGAACAGUUAAAUACUUCUUCUGCAUGAGCAUAACCAAAGGGUGAUCCUCUCCCUUGUCCCCUAUGGAGACCUCAGAGCCAGUGUUGCAGCCUUCUCCUCCUCCUCCUCCUCUUGCCACUGCAGCUACUGCCCGGGGUGCUGCUCCAAGGUUUGAGACACUUUUGACAGGCUGAAGAAAGAGGGCUUGCAAAGACCUCCUCACUGUGUAAACAAAAUGAUGGCUGGAAGUUACUUCAACUCCCUAAAUAUUAUUAUUAAUCAGUAAUCAUAUUGCUAGGCCAAAGCAUUGCUUGGAGCAAAUGAGAAAAGAGACUAUUUGCAUUUGGUUACAAUGAUAAACUAAAGACCUGAAACUUUUCUGUAUCAAGAAAACAACAGGACAGUUACCUCCUUCCUUUGCAUUAACAUUUGCUCCUUGCUGGCUGCAGUCUUUGGAGUCUACAACAAAAUCAUGAAUUUGAACACAUGUGUGGAUUCUGGAGAGGCCACUGGAGUGUAAUAAAAAUAAAGAAGCUUGGUGGAAGAAAGGACAAGGCCUAGACUCUUUCUGAGAUCAAAUCUGAAGGCUGCAUCUUUUAUUUUUUUGAUAGCAAAACACAGUUAUCUGUGUCAGACAUCCUGGAUGAUAAGAAAAUGCAGAUUUUGUGGUGGUUACAAUUUUGCAAAACACAAAUUCAGUUUUACUAAUACCAUGAUGUGCUGUGCUUCCAAGAAACUGUCCUCUAAAUGCAAAUGGCUUUGAACUUGUCCUCAUAGAAGUCAAGGUGUGACUACAGAUAUCCCAGACUAUUUUGUAUUAAACAAAUAAACAAUUACAAAAUGGAGGUUGCAAUGGUGAGUGCAGAUAGCUCCGGCUGCAACAGCCACAUGCCCUAUGGAUAUGCCGUCCAGGCUCGGGCUCGGGAGAGAGAACGACUGGCACACUCGAGGGCAGCGGCAGCUGCGGCUGUGGCAGCGGCAACAGCGGCAGUAGAAGGUGGGGCCUCGUUAGGAGGUGGAUCCUAUCACCACUACCACCAGGUACAGAGUGGGGGGGCUUCCUCUUCUCACAAUGGGAAUGCAUCACACAGCAGUUUGUUCCAGUGUCAGAACAGUAGAAGGAGGAAACGAGGAAGAAAGAGGAGCCACUAUUUGGGUAGCAGGGAUUGUGGGGCCUCCUUCCCAUGUUCUGAGCUGCUGCCUCUCAGUGGCUCUGAAGAGAAGAUACUGAAGGACUUGAGUGAGGAGGAAGAGGAAGAUGAGGGGGAGGAUGAAGAGGAUGAGGAGGAAGGAAAGUUCUUCUACAGCGAUGAGGAUGAUGUGGAUGAGUUUUCGUAUUUGGACCAACCACCUGAUGAUGGUGGUGGCGGUGGCCCUGGGGGCUACAGCACAGUACGCUACAGCGAGUAUGAGUGCUGCGAACGGGUAGUGAUCAAUGUGUCAGGACUGCGGUUCGAGACUCAGCUGAAGACCUUGGCUCAGUUCCCUGAGACAUUGCUGGGUGAUCCGGCAAAGCGGGGCAGGUACUUUGACCCACUCAGGAAUGAGUACUUCUUCGAUAGGAACCGGCCCAGCUUUGAUGCCAUCCUGUACUACUACCAGUCUGGGGGCCGUCUGAAGAGGCCAGUCAAUGUGCCCUUUGAUAUCUUCACUGAGGAAGUGAAAUUCUAUCAGCUUGGGGAGGAGGCCAUGCUCAAGUUCAGGGAGGAUGAAGGGUUCGUCAAAGAGGAAGAGGAUAAGGCUUUGCCCGACAAUGAGUUCAAGAAGCAGAUCUGGCUGCUGUUUGAGUACCCAGAGAGUUCAAGUGCAGCCAGGGGCAUUGCCAUUGUCUCUGUCUUGGUCAUCUUGAUCUCCAUUGUCAUCUUCUGUCUGGAGACUUUGCCAGAAUUCAGAGACAACAAGGAGCUCAUAUUGUCCCUGGGCUUGGGGAAGGGGCUUUUCAAUGAGACUCUGCACCUGGAUGGUGGGGGGCACACUAUCUUCAAUGACCCAUUUUUCAUUGUGGAGACAGUCUGCAUCAUCUGGUUCUCCUUUGAGUUUACAGUGAGAUGGUUUGCCUGCCCCAGUAAAGCGGUCUUCAUCAAGAACAUCAUGAACAUCAUAGACAUUGUCUCCAUCUUGCCUUACUUCAUCACCCUGGGCACUGAGCUGGCCCAGCAGCAGGGCAGUAAUGGUCAACAGGCUAUGUCUUUUGCUAUCCUGAGGAUCAUCCGUCUGGUCAGGGUGUUUCGCAUCUUCAAGCUCUCCAGACACUCUAAGGGUUUGCAGAUCCUAGGUCAUACGCUCAGAGCCAGCAUGAGGGAGCUGGGGCUCCUCAUCUUCUUUCUUUUUAUUGGAGUCAUUUUGUUUUCCAGUGCUGUUUACUUUGCAGAAGCUGAUGAACCUUCCACUCAUUUUCAAAGCAUCCCAGAUGCCUUUUGGUGGGCUGUAGUGACCAUGACCACAGUUGGUUAUGGGGACAUGAAACCCAUAACUGUGGGUGGGAAAAUAGUCGGGUCCCUGUGUGCCAUCGCGGGUGUGUUAACCAUUGCUUUACCAGUGCCAGUGAUUGUCUCCAAUUUUAACUAUUUCUAUCACAGAGAGACUGAGAAUGAAGAACAAACGCAACUGACACAAAAUGCAGUCAGUUGUCCAUACCUCCCAACAAAUUUACUGAAGAAAUUUAGAAGCUCAUCUUCUUCUUCCACAGAGGGUAAAUCAGAGUAUUUGGAGAUGGAAGAAGGAGUUAAAGAGUCUCUUUGUGUAAAGGAAAAAAAAAGUCAGGACACAGGGAAUGACAGUGAGACAGAGAAGAAAAACUGUGUAAAUUCAAAAGCUGUGGAAACUGAUGUGUAAUAUUGAAAGUUUCCAGAUUUAUUUAUGCAUUAAAGAGUGCAGUGAUAAAAAUGAAA